UUUACUUCCUGGUUUCAAAAAAUAUGUUUGGUGUAAAAUAGUGACAUAACUAUGGAUUUUAAAAACAUUGUUGUAUAUCUACUUGGACUAAUAUCAUCAAAUGCGUAUGACGAUUUAUCAUUCCAAAAAGUUGCAUCACAAUCAAGCUCAUGGUAUGGAGGUUUACAUAAAGCUAGUUAUGCAGUUGAUAGAAAUACUACAACAUGGGCGAGGAUACUGGAUAUAGGCAGGAACUCUCGUUCCAAGACUGCAUGGUGGAAAGUGGAUCUUGGUGGAGUGUACAGCAUUUACAGUAUCAAUAUAAUAUUUAAGAACUACGACGGAAAUGAACAGAGACAACGUGGACGUUUUGCCGGGUUCUCACUGUAUGUAUCUAAUACCUAUGUAUCAGACACUAGUGACAUAAAAGGAUCCACACUAUGCUACAAGGACGGUCCUCAGUUACCACCCCUGAACUUUACAACCACGUGUGCUGAAUGCGGGCGUUACGUCACCUUUUACAACGAGCGGCUGGAUGGACUGACCUACCCUACCAAUUACGAAGUUCAAAAUGUUUAUACUGAGCUCCUCGAAGUUAUUGUACAAGGAGCUUACACGUAUGGUAGAAACUGUGACGUCCCUUGUCCCUCAAACUGUAAGGACAACAUUUGUCACAAUGACCAUGGAACAUGUUAUGGGUGUAAACCUGGAUGGACGGGGUUGUCUUGCACUAUAACAUGUAGAAAAGGCUGGUACAGUGAUAACUGUAGUCAGCAGUGUGUAGGACAUUGCAGAGAUAACUCUACUUGUAACCACAUGACUGGUCACUGUGAUAAAGGUUGUGCCGCUGGAUGGACAGGAAUAUUUUGUAAUAAAGAGUGUGCUGACGGUACCUAUGGUUAUGACUGUGUCAACAACUGUAGUGGUCACUGUCUGAAUGGUUCUCACUGUAACAAACAGACUGGUCACUGUGAUAGGGGAUGUAACCUGGGAUAUACCGGCAGGGACUGUCGCAUAGAAUGUAGCCCCGGAUAUUUUGGGCUGGAUUGCAUAGAGCGAUGUAGCGGACACUGUAUUUACGAUGAACGAUGUGACCAUGUUAGUGGAAUUUGUCCCCGAGGUUGUAUUGACGGGUAUAUUGGACGACAUUGCAACAUUUCUUGCCAACAUGGGUAUUAUGGUAGAAACUGUUCUCUACCUUGUUCUCCCAACUGUAAGACAUGUCGACACACAGAUGGUCUAUGUACGUGUAGGGCAGGUUGGAUGGGUCAUAAUUGCUCAAUAGAAUGUAUUCAGUCCUAUGGAGAAAACUGUCAGUAUCCGUGCAGUGGACAAUGCAUUAACCAGACCUGUGAUAGAUUCAACGGAAACUGUUUGUGUGAUGGCAAAUAUGAUAGUCUGCGGAAUUGUGAGACGACGGAUGUGGCAUCCAGUACAUUAUGGAUUGUUGCAUUCUUUAUAUCAAUUCUCAUCAACAUCAUAUUUAUUUCUACCACGUUGAUUAGUCGAAGGAAAUCAUUCUUGAAACAGAAGUCUGAAACGGAUAAGGUUAAUUUUUCUUGUCGAUCUGGGUCUAUCACAGAACAGACAGUUACAACUGGUGACUCUUCUCACUAUCAAGAUAUCAGUGUAUCACAAAACGAAAACACCUAUCAAACACUACAUCAACAGUGACUCUAAUUGGCUGAAUCGUUGCCAUCAGUAAACUGUAUGUGCAUAUGAAGAUAUAAGGGUAUGGACAUGUGACUGCACUGCAUUGAAUGUCAAAGAAUGAAAAAAAAGUUCAUCCUGUGUAUAAUUUAAAAUAAUGUUUGACAUGAACAAGUGAACAAGGACAAGUUGUACAGCAACUUUUCUUUUAAAUAGAUAUAGAAACUACGAAUUGUAAAACUGGAAUUUUUCGAAUGGUUGUGUUGUUGUAAAAAUAGGUAUAUCCUAAACAUUGUCAUUUCAACGUACCGAUGUUUAAAUUAAGGUAAAGAUCUAGUAAGUGGCUCCAGACUGUCUUUUUGGAGAUAGAAUCAUUAUGACCUCAUAAUUGAUUUGAAGAAUCUUUUUCUCGUACUUUACGGCUUUAAGGGAAUUAUGUAGAAUAUUAAACAAUUUCUUGACAUUCUAUGUUAAGUUUUUGGAAAAGUAAUCCCGAUACCUAUAUUCAAUUUGACAUCAUUUUAAAGAGGAUUUCAAGACCUUGUUUAAUUCCAUUUUUAGGGAGACUGUAGGCAUUCUAGAUACAUUUUAUUAGCCAAAAAUGGACAAAACUCCGAAAUUUGUUAAUUAUUUCCUUCAUAUUUCGUUGAAAAUAAUUGUUAAAAACAUUAUUUUUCAUUGUAUUUAUUAAAAAUUUUAGCCCCAGCACACCCUAUCAGACAAAGCUAUUGUUAUAAAGCAUCAUUGAAAGAAUUUAUAUCUUAAAUUUUAUAAACCUGUAGGCACCUUUCAUUUACUAUAUCUUGACCUUAAAUGUAAAGAUGUAGUUAUGUUUAUCACAGUUUAUAUGAAGGUACAAAACAGGAUUUAAGGUUUGAAUGUGAUGGACGUGUAAAGCAAGACAUAACUAUUUUAAUAUUUUGAAUAUUUUUCUUUAUUUUCUAUACUAAUAUAUUUUUUGUUGUUGAUGCUUUGUUUCCUUUUUAAAGAAUUAAUUAUGAAUAAAUAAG